GAUGUCAAAAAAUUAUUGACAUAUGACUUGUACCUAACCUAACUAAGAAAUUGUUUUUUUUUAACUGAAAGCGAGGUAUAGAGCAUUUUGGUCAAAUAUAUGACAAUAAUUUAUUAAAAUUUAGGAAUACACUAUUUUGACAUUUUUAUUUUAGCGAUGGGAACUAAGGUCAAAUUAAAAGAACAUUUUGAAGUUGAAUCCAAGCAUGGUGCUUUCUAUACAGGAAGUAAUUUGGAAUGGAUCGGAGAUUUAUUAUAUUGCCAAACUAAUUCUUCUAUAAACUUAUUAAAUACAAUAACAGGGAAAAUUGAGAAGAGACUUGGCAAUGCAGAUUUUGAAGACACAAUUCAAACAUUCACAACAGAUGGUAUUAAAGUUAUUACUUCACACAGAAGUGGUUUAUUGAAGCUAUGGAAUGAACAAGGCGAAUUAAUAAAUAUGUGGAAGUACAUACAUAAAGGACCCAUAGCUAGGUUAACAUUAAAUGCUAACAAAUUGGCUAGUGGUGGUUGUGAUGGUAUCGUCAGAUUAUGGGACCUUCAAAAUCAAAUAUGUUUGCUUGGUCUUAAAGGAUGUCAAGGUGUUAUAAAUGUAGUAGAAUUUCAUCCACAAGAAAAUAUGUUGUUUGCUUCAGGAGAUGAUGGAAAAAUUAAUUCUUAUGAAUUAACAAAAGGUGAAUUAAAAGUUAUAUACUCUGGGCAUUAUAGCAAAGUUACAUCUUUUGUGUUCUCCCAUGAUGUAUCAUUUUUUGUUACCUGCAGUAGAGAUAAGGUAAUAGUACUUUGGGAAGUGGGUAAAAUAGAACCUCGAAAAAUAAUUCCACAGUAUGAAGCAAUUGAAACUAUAGUUAAGUUACCUGUUACAUUCAAAUUACCAAAUUUCAAAUCUGAAUCCAAAGGAAUCUAUAUAGCAGCUGCCGGAGAAAAAGGUAUUAUUACAGUAUGGGAUGUUGAAAAAGCCAAACAAGUAUAUGUGCAAGAUAACUCUUUAGUUAGUAGAGCUACAGAAGAAGGUGGCUUAGCUAUAACUUUACUCAAGUGUAAUUAUAAAGAUAAAUCUAUUGCAAUAUCAACUGUAGAUCACAAUAUUAUAAUCCACCAUUUGAAAUCAUUUGUAUGUCUCAAACAAUUUAUAGGAUUUUCUGAUGAUAUUUUGGAUAUUACAUUUAUUGGUAAAGAUGAUUCACAUUUGGCAGUAGCUACCAAUUCCAAAGAUAUUAAAUUAUAUUGUAAUUCUACUAUGAACUGUCAGAUUUUAAAAGGGCACACUGAUAUAGUUUUGUCUUUAGCCUCUUCUCAGAUAAACCCUGAACUCAUGUUAUCAUCGGGUAAAGAUAACUCUGUGAAACUAUGGAAAUUAAUGGAUAAUAGUAUUAUGAUUUGCAUGGCUACUGGUCUAAGACAUACAGGCUCUGUGGGUUCUGUAGCUUUCAGUAAAACUGAUUGUACAUUUGGUGUGUCUGUAAGUAAAGAUAUGUGUGUGAAAAUAUGGGAAAUUCCAGAAACCUUGGAAACUGCAACACUAAACUGUACUCGGACAGUUCUUGCUCAUCAAAAAGAUAUCAAUUAUGUCGCAGUAUCACCAAAUGACAAAAUAAUAGGAACUGCUUCUCAAGAUAAAACUGCUAAACUUUGGAAUUCAUCAUUAGAAUUAAUAGGUACAUUAAGAGCACAUAAAAAAAGUCUAUGGUGCAUACAAUUUUCACCUGUUGAUCAGGUAGUUGCUACUUCUUCCUCUGACUGCACAAUUAAACUCUGGUCAAUUCUCGAUUUAAGUUGUCUCAAAACAUUUGAAGGACAUGAUGCCAGUGUAUUAAAGAUUCAUUUUCUUUCUUCUGGUAUGCAACUUGUAAGUUCCGGAGGAGAUGGUCUCAUAAAGCUAUUUUCUCUUAAAUCUUCUGAAUGUAUCAAUACAUUUGAUGAACAUGAAGCUCAAGUAUGGGCACUUGCUAUAAAGCAUGAUGAAAGUGCUAUAGUGACAGGUGGUGGUGAUUCAAUUCUCAUAAAAUGGAAAGAUGUUACAGAACAACGUAAACUUGAAAAAUUGAAAGAAGCUGAAGAAUUGGCAGUUCAUGAACAGAAGUUGAACAAUUAUGUUCUCAAUGGUAAUUAUUUAAAGGCACUCAAAGAAGCUUUGAAAUUAAAUAAACCCUUUCAAGUUUUGAAAAUCGUAGACUCCAUAAUUAAAAAUGACAAUUCAGGUUUGAGUGAUACAAUAAAAAGUUUAAGAAAUGAUCAAAAAGACAAUUUACUUAAAACUGCUAUUAUGUGGAACAUGAACAGUAAAUAUCUAUAUCCUUCACAGUAUGUUAUAAAUAUUUUAUUGAAUGAAAUGCAAACUGACAAUUUUAGACCACAUGGUCUUCACUCUGUACUUGAAGGAUCUUUACCUUACACUGAAAGGCAUAUGAAAAGGUUAACACAAUUAUUGCAAGAAUUGCAAUUUGUAAAUUAUGUUGUAAAGUGUAUGAAACCCCAUGUUUAGAAUUUUGGUUAUUGUUUUUAAAGUGUGAAAAAAUUCUUUAUAAAAUAAAACCUUUGGAAUUUGA